AUCGAUCGAUCAAGAAUGGCGGAAGGGAAGAGCACACUGCUGCUGUGCCUGACCGUGGUCUUGCUGGCGCUGGGAGGUGGCGGCGCGGAGGCGAGGAAGCGGGGGAAGCAGUCCCUGGGGUUCUACGAGCUGCGGCGGGGCGAGUUCUCGAUUGUCCUCACCAACUGGGGCGCCACCAUCCUCUCCGUCAGGCUCCCCGACAAGAACGGGCACAUCGAUGACGUCGUUCUUGGCUACAAGAACAUCGGAUCUUACGUGAACGACACGACCUACUUCGGCGCACUGGUGGGCCGCGUGGCCAACCGCAUCGCCGGCGGGCGCUUCACGAUCAAGGACCGCCCCUACCACACGUACCGGAACGACGGCAACAACACGCUCCACGGCGGCCACCGCGGGUUCAACCAGGUGUUCUGGGCCGUCCGGGAGCGCGUCACCGGCGAGUUCCCCCACAUCACCUUCUCCUACCGCAGCUACGACGGCGAGCAGGGGUUCCCAGGCAACCUCGACGUCCUCGUCACCUACAAGAUCGACGGCGACUACUCCUACAGCGUCACCAUGUACGCCCGCCCCCUCGACAAGCCCACCCCCGUCAACCUCGCGCAGCACACGUACUGGAACCUGCGCGGCCACGGCAACGGCACCAUCCUGGGCCACGCCGUCCAGAUCUUCGCGUCGGCCGUCACGCCCGUCGGCGGCGACCUCAUCCCGACGGGCGCCGUAGCGCCCGUGGCCGGGACGCCGUUCGACUUCCGGUCCCCGGCGGCCCCCGGCGCGCGCAUCGCGGAGGUGGUGGGAGGGUACGACAUCAACUACGUGCUGAACGGGGAGACGGACGGGCAGGGGGUGCGCAAGGUGGCGGUGGUGAGCGAGGCGGCCUCCGGGCGCGUGAUGGAGCUGUGGGCGGACCAGCCCGGGGUGCAGUUCUACACGGGCAACUUCCUCAAGGGCGACGAGGGGAAAGGCGGCGCGGUGUACGCCAAGCACGGCGGCCUGUGCCUGGAGACGCAGGACUACCCCGACGCCGUGCACAACCCGGGCUUCCCCAGAGAGGUGUACCGCCCGGGGCAGCUGUACAAGCACUACAUGCUCUACAAGUUCUCACUCCGCAACUAGUAGCAAGUAGCUUCAGCUUCAUAUCCAUCAGCUUGGGGAUUGUUUGGUCAAGUUUAGUAGCUUGCAGCAGGUA